AUGACUAUUAGACAACUCACUCCUUUCGGCAAGCCAAUGCUGAAGCAUUGGCUGUUUGACCCCGCUUACAAAAACCUCAACCACGGUUCUUAUGGUGCACACCCUGCUGUCGUCCGUGAUGCUCAGCGCGCCUAUCAAGAGCUCGCUGAUGGGCGACCGGAUCGAUAUGUCCGGCAACUACAUGUAGAGUUUCUGGAUGAGGCGCGCCAGGAUCUCGCAACGCUUAUCAAUGCGCCCAGAGACGAAUGUGUUUUCGUCAAAAAUGCCACCACUGGCGUCGCAACGGUACUAUAUAACUUGAAUUUCCAGCCGGGGGAAGCGGUUAUCUACUUUGAACCCGUUUACGGCGCCGUGGAGAAUGGGGUCACUUCUUUAAAAGAGCACACUGCCCUCGAGACUCGAAAAGUGCAUUUUCAAUAUCCUAUUUCCGAGGAGGCGAUAGAGGGCCGAUUCCGCGAGGUUGUCCUCCAGACUCGUGAGGAGGGCCUUAAAGUUCGAGCCGCAGUCUUCGACACGAUUCACAGCGUUCCCGGCGUUCGAUUUCCCUUUGAGCGUUUCGUCGCUAUCUGCCGCGAAGAGGGAAUCCUGAGUGUAAUUGAUGGUGCACAUGGCAUUGGACAGAUCCCUCUUGACAUGAACACGCUACAGCCUGACUUUCUUGUUUCGAACUGCCACAAGUGGCUCUAUACUCCUCGUAGUGCUGCUGUUCUCUACGUUCCUAAGCGCAACCAUCAUUUUAUGCACACUACACUUCCUACCUCCUGGGGGUUUAUCCCUACAGCCGACUCUCAUACCCUUCAAAAUUCCAAGAAAAAGACUUCAUUCGAGGAACUGUUUCAACUCGUCGCUACUGACGACUACUCCGCGUACAUUUGUGUGGGAGCGGCGUUAAAAUUUCGCAAAGAAAUUUGCGGCGGCGAGGACGCCGUCAUGUGGUAUUGCCAGAAGAUAGCCAACGAAGGAGCGGACACUGUCGCAGCUGCCCUUGGAACCAAUGUCCUUCAGGAGCCCGAUCUGAAACCCGGAGAGGCCAGUAAGAUGCGCCAGUGUGCUCUGACAACUGUGCGGUUGCCGAUCGCGGUUGCCGACGAUCAAGCUGGCGCAAUGCCUUCUGGUGCUUCUGUGACUCUAACGCCGGAAGAAGCGAAUCGGGCUUCUGAAUUUUGUCAUUGGACUCUCUUGAGAAAACAUGAUACCUUUGUGCCUGUCUUCCGGCAUGGAUCGUGGCUGUGGACGCGGUUGAGCGGACAGGUGUAUCUGGAGAAAGCUGAUUUUGAAUGGCUGGGAGGUGUUCUUGGCGAAUUGUGCGAGCAGAUUGCUCGAAAGGAGUUUUAG